GUUCAUUCACCUGUCCUAAAUUCAAUUAAUCAAUUUUCCGCAAGAUGACUGGUGUCAUGCAAAAGUGUUCUAAAGUCUUUCUUCAAGCGGCUGUGCUUAACAGGCCAAUUUCAAUAGCCUAUCUUUGCACUGUGUCACCAAAAGAUCAGUAUGAACAGAUGGUUAAGAAAAACAAAGUUGUUGUCUUCAUGAAGGGGGUUCCUGAGCAGCCUAUGUGCGGCUUUAGUAAUGCAGUUGUUCAAAUUUUCAGAAUGCAUGGAGUAACAAAUUAUGAUGCUCACAAUGUUUUGGCUGAUGAGAGUAUUCGUCAAGGUAUCAAGGAAUUUACAAACUGGCCUACAAUACCACAAAUUUUCAUUGGUGGUGAGUUUGUUGGUGGUUGUGAUAUUCUUUUACAAAUGCACAAAAACGGGGAGUUAAUAGAAGAACUACAAAAAGUUGGAAUCCAAUCAGCUUUACUUGAACAAGAAAAAAAGGAAGAAUAACUUGAAAUUUUAUUUGUUUUUCAUCAACUGUAUUUCUCAGUCACAAUAAUUUUUCCUCCGUCAGCUGCUUUAGGACUUCCCCAACAAUCUAAAUUCAUGAGAAAACAAUAUCACAUUAAACUUUCCU